AUGAUGCCUACAACCGAAAUAAUCAAUCACUACGAGGUCCUGGAGGUCCCUUUCCACGCAACCCUCAAGGACAUCAACCAUUCCUACAAACGACUCGCCUUGAAGCACCACCCAGACAAAGCGGUAGAUGGCGACGUCGACAAGUUCCAACAGAUCCAAGCAGCUGCCGAAACCCUCCGCGACCCCUACCGCCGCAAAAAACACGACCAGGACCUCCGCUCCCAACGCAUCAGACAAGCCUAUGCAGCAGGCCCCAAUGCCGCAGGCCGUGGCGGCAGAGGCUUCUACACAAAAUGGAUGCCGCGCACCUUCGGGACGCAAAGUAAAGCGGAAUUUCACUACAUGUACAGCUAUGCAAACAGCGUGCAUAUGAACCCUUACUCUAGGGAGUCGAGGGAGGAGAUGGAGCGGAUUGAGAGGGAGAAGAGAAUUGAUGAGAUGUUGAGGGCGAGGGGACAUGUUUCUGCUGAGGAUGUGCUAAGGCAGUUUGAACAGAAGGGGAGGGAGGCUGAGGAGCAGCGGCCGGAGAAGAAGAGGAGGCAUCAGGAGGCUUAUAGGGCGGGGGUUGAGCGUGAUCCGGAUGAGUCUGAAGAUGAUGAGGGGCCGAUUAAGGGAGAGGGUAAAGAGAAGUGUGCAGAGGAGACUAAAGAAGAGGAUCAUGGUGAGGAACAGAAGGUUGAACUUAAGGGGGAGUUUGGAGAACAGUAUGAAGAGGAGCAUGGAAUCGAACAUGGGGAGGAGCUUGGGCAGGAUAAGAAGGUGCAGCAGGCUGAAUCUUGCCCUGCAUCACCUGUGGAUGAAGCUGAACCCAAAGGCCAUGGAAACGAGGAAGAAGACAACCGUUCCUCAAAUUUCUCAGGAGAAGUGUCAUCAGAGUAUGGCACCGCACAAGAAAGCGAAUACUUGCAUUCCGACGAAGACGACGACAGUUCCUCCCACCACAAAUCCACCAUCGACGAAGACGAUAUCACCAUGUUCUUUGACUGCGCCGAAGAUAAAUCCUCUCGAAUCAACACUGCCGAAACCACCGAUACCAACUCCUCCGAGGAAGAAUCCGAAACGAGCGACGAGGAAGUCGAACAUGAGGACAACCGCGUCAACGACUACAACUGCAAGUUCGCCAACACAUCCAGCCUCCUGGGCCCCUUCAUCCCGCACUUCAUGGCCAAGCUCAACGACCCCAGCGGAAAGUACACAGAACAGGACCUUCAGAUCGAACUCCGCGGCAUAGUCAUGGAAGCCUACUGCGGCUGGCUGAAGGAUCAGUGUGCUACCUUUUCCGCUGCAAAGCCUCAGCCUGAGCCAUCUCCUUUUACCGGUGCUUGUUUGCAUCUCGGAUAUUGGAAGAAAGAGUUCGAGCGUCCCGAGUGUGAGGUGUGUCACCGGUGGAAGCCAAUUUUCACGCUCAUUUGUCCUGGUUGUGGAAUCAAGGCGUGCGUGGGAUGCAAGUUUCAGGGCUAG